AUGGCAAAUGUCACGCCAGCCAAGCUGGACAACCUGGAGGCUCAGCAGCAGCAGCAGCAGCAGAACAACAACACCCGGUGGGAGAGCACUGAGCACCACCACCAGCACCGGCCCUGGGAUGAGGCCACCGCCACAGCCAAGCUCUUUGAGUGCUCCCGGAUCAAGGCCUUGGCCGACGAGCGCGAAGCCGUGCAGAAGAAGACCUUCACCAAGUGGGUCAACUCGCACCUGAGCCAGGCCUCCUGCCGGAUCAGCGACCUCUACACCGACCUGCGGGACGGAUUCAUGCUGACCAAGCUGCUGGAGGUGCUUUCCGGGGAGCAGCUGCCCAAGCCCACCCGCGGCCGAAUGCGGAUCCACUCCCUGGAGAACGUGGACAAGGCCCUGCAGUUCCUGAAGGAGCAGCGCGUCCACCUGGAGAACGUGGGCUCCCACGACAUCGUGGACGGAAACCACCGCCUGACGCUCGGACUCAUCUGGACCAUCAUCCUGCGCUUCCAGAUCCAGGUGAUCAAAAUAGAAACGGAGGACAACCGGGAGACUCGCUCCGCCAAGGACGCCUUGCUCCUCUGGUGCCAGAUGAAGACGGCCGGGUACCCCGAGGUCAACAUCCAGAACUUCACCACCAGCUGGCGGGACGGACUGGCCUUCAACGCGCUCAUCCACAAGCACAGGCCAGAUAUCAUAGAUUUCAAGAAGCUGACCAAGUCCAAUGCCGCCUACAACCUCCAGCAGGCUUUCAAUACGGCCGAACAGCAGCUGGGACUGGCCAAACUCCUCGACCCGGAAGAUGUCAACAUGGAGCACCCAGACGAAAAGUCCAUCAUCACCUACGUUGUCUCCUUCUACCACUACUUCUCCAAGAUGAAGGCCCUGGCUGUGGAGGGGAAGCGGAUUGGGAAGGUGCUGGACCAGGUGCUGGAGAUUGAGAAGAUCAUUGAGCGCUACGAGUCUCUGGCCAGUGAGCUCCUGGAGUGGAUCGAGCUCACCAUCGCCAUCAUCAGCAACCAGAAGUUUGCCAACUCCCUGGUGGGCGUCCAGCAGCAGCUGCAGGCCUUCACCGCCUUCUGCACCCUGGAGAAGCCAGUCAAGUUUCAGGAGAAGGGCAACUUGGAGGUCCUCCUCUUCUCCAUCCAGAGCAAGCUCCGGGCCAAUAACCGGAAGCUCUACAUCCCCAAGGAAGGCAAGAGCAUCUCCGACAUCAACAAGGCCUGGACCCGGCUGGAGAAGGCAGAGCACGAGCGGGAGGUGGCGCUGCGCAAUGAGCUGAUUCGCCAGGAGAAGCUGGAGCUGCUGGCCCAGCGCUUUGACCACAAGGCCGUCAUGCGGGAGACCUGGCUGAAUGAGAACCAGCGCCUGGUCUCCCAGGACAACUUUGGCUACGACCUCCCUGCGGUGGAGGCCGCCAUGAAGAAGCACGAGGCCAUUGAGGCGGACAUCUCCUCCUACCAGGAGCGCAUCCAGGUGGUGGUGGAGCUGGCCCAGGAGAUGGAGUCGGAGGGCUACUACGACAGCAAGCGCAUCAGCGCCCAGAAGGAGAACAUCCUGCGCCAGUGGGGCCUCCUGACGGAGCUGGUCAGCGGCCGCCGAGCCCGGCUGGAGCAGAACGUGGCCCUGCAGAAGGUCUUCCAGGAGAUGGUCUACAUGAUCGACUGGAUGGACGACAUGCAGGCCCAGCUGUCGUCCAAGGAGUGUGGGAAGCACCUGCGGGAGGUGGAGGACUUGCUGCAGAAGCAUGCACUGCUGGAGGCCGACGUCUCCGCCCAGAGCGAGCGCGUGCAGGCGCUCAACGUGGCCGCCCUCAAGUUCUCGGAGCUGACAGGCUACCAGCCCUGCGACCCGCAGGUCAUCUGCAACCGGGUCAGCCACGUCCAGAGCUGCCUGGAGCAGCUGCAGGAGCUGGCCUCCAAGCGGCGCCAGGAGCUGGAAGCGUCCCGCCAGCUGUGGUCCUUCUUCCAGGAGAUGGAGGAGGCGGAGGCCUGGGUGCGCGAGAAGGAGCGCAUCCUGUCCUCCCCUUGUGGCUACGGCAAGGACCUCAACAGCGUGGCCAAGCUGCUCAGCAAGCACAGCAUCCUCCUGGGCGAGCUGGGCGGGCGCCGCUCCCUGCUGCAGACGGCCAUGCGCCGGGGAGAGCAGGUGCUGCUCCGCAGGCAGGGCGCGCCGGGCGCCAUCCAGGAGAAGACCCGCGAGGUGCGCCAGCACUGGAAGAAGCUGGAGGAGCUGGCGGCCGCCCACCUGCGGAAGCUGCAGGAGGCCCUCGCCUUCCACCAGUUCAGCGCCGACACAGAGGACCUGGUGGUGUGGCUGCAGGAUGCCUACCGCCUGGUCUCCAGCGACGACUUUGGCCACGACGAGUACUCCACCCAGUCGCUGGUCAAGAAGCACAAGGGUGUGGCUGAGGAGAUCGACCAGCACCGGGGGACCGUCCUGGCGCUGCGCACCCAGCUGGCCGCCCUGGCGCCCGAGUACCACGAGCUGGUGGACGUCCAGGUGCGCAUCGUGGAGGUGGAGCAGCUGUAUGGGGAGGUGGCCGAGGUGGCCGUCCUGCGGCGCCAGUGGCUCCAGGACGCCCUGGCCGUCUACCGCAUGUUUGGCGAGGUCAACGCCUGUGAGGUCUGGAUCGACGAGAAGGAGCAGUGGCUCAACCGCAUGGAGGUGCCCCAGAAGCUGGAGGACGUGGAGGUGGUGCAGCACCGGUUUGAAAGCCUUGACCAAGAGAUGAACAGCCUGAUGGGCCGCAUCCUGGACGUCAACCAGAUAGUGCAGCAGCUGGUGGACGGGGGCCACCCCAGCUCCUCCGAGGUCCGCUCCUGCCAGGACCACCUGAACAGCAGGUGGAACCGGGUGGUGGAGCUGGUGGAGCACCGCAAAGACCACCUCAACUCCAUCCUGAAGAUCCAGAACUACCUUCUGGAGUGCAACGAGAUCAAGUCGCAGAUCCGGGAGAAGCGGCGAGCCGUCGAGUCCACGCAGUACAACAGCGGUGACCUGGGCAGCGUCCUCUCCCUGCAGCGCCGCCUCUCCACCAUGGAGGCCGCCCUGGUGGUCCUCGAACCCAGGCUCAUUGAGCUGCAGCAGGAGGGGGAGCUGCUGGCCAACACCCACCCGGGCCAAGCCAUGGAGAUCCUCCUGCAGUUCGAGGAGAUCAGCGAGGAGUGGGAGGCUCUCAAGAGGACCCUGCAGGGCUGCGAGGACUCGCUCACGGUGGCCAGCAGGCUGCAGCAGUUCAUCCAGGACCUGGACAGCUUCCUGACGUGGCUGGUGAAGACGCAGGCGGCCGUGGCCUCGGAGGAGCUGCCGGGCAACCUGGCGGAGGCCGAGCGGCUGCUGAACCACCACGCCUCCCUCAAGGAGGAGAUCAACCGCUACGAGGAGGACUACGCCAAGAUCCAGGCCGUCAAUGACGUGCUGGCGCUGGAGGAGGCUGACCUGCCCUACCUCUCCCUCCAGCAGUGGCUGCAGAAGCUGGACGUGGGCUGGAACAAGCUGCUGGACAUGUGGGAGAACCGGCGGGAGGUCCUGGUCCAAGCCCACAUCUUCUUCCUCUUCCUGCGGGACGCCAGGCAGGCCGAGGUCUGCCUCUACAACCAGGAGACCACCCUGGCGCACACCGAGCUGCCCACGACGGUGGAAGGGGUGGAGAAGGCCAUCAAGAAGCACAAGGACUUCAUGACCACCAUGGACCUCAACAUGCAGAAGACCACCACGGCCCUCAAGGCGGGCGAGAGCCUCAUCCGCCAGGGCAACAUCUAUGGCCAGAGGGUGAAGGAGAAGAUGGACGCCCUCCGGGCAAAGAGCCAGCGCAACCUGCAGCUCGCCCACGCCUGGAUGCAGCGCCUGAACGACCACCUGCAGCUGCAGCACUUCUUGCAGAACUGCCACGAGCUCGAUGGCUGGGUGGCCGAGAAGGAGGCGCUGAUGGCCGGCGAGGCGCCCCCCCGGGACAAGGACGCGCGCCACCAGCGGGCGCCCAAGCGAUGGCUCCGGCACCGCGCCUUCAUGGCCGAGCUGGCCCAGAAUAAGGAGUGGCUCGCCAAGAUCGAGAAGGAAGGCCAGCAGCUGAUCGCGGAGAAGCCGGAGCUGGCCGAGACGGUGAAGAAGAAGCUGGGCGAGAUCCGCCUGUGCUGGGCCGAGCUGGAGUCCACCACCCAGGCCAAAGCGCGGCAGCUGCUGGAGGCCACCAAGGCCGAGCACCUGGUCCAGAGCUACGCCGACCUCGACAAGCGGCUCCUCUGCAUGGAGGGCCAGCUGCACCUGGUGGACUCCGGACCGGACCUGGCCAGCGUCAACAGCAACCUCAAGAAGCUCCAGACGAUGGAGACGCAGGUGGAGGAAUGGUACAAGGAGGUGGGCGAGCUGCAGGCCCAGGUGGCCGCCCUGCCCUUGGAGGCGGCCAGCAAGGAGAUGGUGGACGAGCGGCAGAACGCCGUGGGCACCCGCAUCGUGCGCCUCAUCGAGCCCCUCAAGGAGCGCCGGAGGAUCCUGCUGGCCUCCAAGGAAGUUCACCAAGUCAGCCACGACCUGGAGGACGAGAUCAUCUGGGUGCAGGACCGGCUUCCCUUGGCCACGUUGAAGGAUCACGGGAGCAACUUGCAAACGGUCCAGCAGUUCAUCAAGAAGAACCAGAACCUCCGCCGAGAGAUCCAGGUGCACAAGCCCCGCAUGGACGACGUCCUGGAGCGCGCCAGGAGCAUCGCCACCAUCAAGACCCCUGAGGUGGACCCCGUGCGGCUGCUGCUGGAGAAGCUCUCGGAGAUGUGGGGCGCCCUCCAGGAGGAGACCGAGCAGCGCCAGCACCUGCUGGACGCCACCUACCAGGUGGAACAGUUCUACUUUGACGUGGCCGAGGUGGAGGCCUGGCUGAGCGAGCAGGAGCUCUUCAUGAUGAACGAGGAAAAGGGCAAGGACGAACAGAGCACCCUCCAGCUCCUGAAGAAACACCUGAUGAUGGAACAGACGGUCGAGAACUACGCCGAGACCAUCGCUCAGCUGUCGCGACAGUGCCGGGCGCUGCUGGAGCUGGGGCACCCGGACAGCGAGCAGAUCAGCCGGCGCCAGUCGCAAGUGGACCGCCUCUACGUCUCCCUGAAGGACCUGGUGGAGGAGCGCAAGGCCCGGCUGGAGCAGCAGUACUGGCUCUACCAGCUGAGCCGCGAGGUGGACGAGCUGGAGCACUGGAUCGCCGAGAAGGAGGUGGUGGCCGGGUCCCCGGAGCUGGGCCAGGACUACGAACACGUCACGCUGCUGCAGGAGAAGUUCACGGAGUUUGCCAGCGAGACGGGCAGCGUGGGGAACGAGCGGAUCUCGGCCGUCAACCAGAUGGUGGAUGAGCUGAUUGACUACGGCCACGCCGACGCCGCCACCAUCGCCGAGUGGAAGGACGGGGUGAACGAGGCCUGGGCCGACCUGCUGGAGCUGAUGGAGACGCGGGCGCAGAUGCUGGCCGCCUCCCACGAGCUCCACAAGUUCUUCAGCGACUGCAAGGAGGUCCUCUCCCAGAUCGAGGAGAAGAAGCAGCGCUUGCCGGAGGUGACGGCUCGCGAGUCCAAGACCUCGGCCGGAACCCUCCAGAGGAUGCUCAGCUCCUUCGAGCACGACGUGCAGGUCCUGGUGACACAGGUGCGGCAGCUGCAGGAGGUGGCGGCUCAGCUGCGGACGGUCUACGCCGGGGAGAACGCGGAGGCCAUUGCCACCAAGGAGCAGGAGGUGAUGCGCUCCUGGAAGGAGUUGCUGGGGUCGUGCGAGGACUGCCGCCUCCAGAUCACCACCACCACUGACAAGAUCCGCUUCUCCAACAUGGUGCGGGACCUCAUCUCCUGGAUGGACACUAUCAUCGCCCAGAUCGGCACCGGAGAGAAGCCCAGGGACGUCUCCACCGUGGAAGUGCUGAUGAACUACCACCAGGGCCUGAAGAGCGAGAUCGAGACCCACAGCAAGAACAUCGCCUCCUGCGUGGACCUGGGCAAGACGCUGGUGCUGAACAAGAGCCCCGCCUCCGAGGAGAUCAAGCUCCACCUGGAGAAGCUGAUGACCAAGAAGAAGGAGAUGGUGGAGAAAUGGGACCGGCACUGGGAGUGGCUGCAGCAAAUGCUGGAGGUCCACCAGUUUGCCCAGGAGGCGGUGGUGGCCGACGCCUGGCUGACCGCGCAGGAGCCGCUGCUGAAGAGCCGGGAGCUGGGCAACAGCGUCGACGAGGUGGAGCAGCUGAUCCGGCGCCACGAGGCCUUUCGCAAAGCGGCCGCGGCUUGGGAGGAGCGCUUCAGCUCCCUGCGGCGGCUCACCACGAUCGAGAAGCUGCGUGCCGAGCAGAGCAAGCAGCCCCCCACGCCUCUCCUGGGCCGCAAGGUCUUUGCCGACCCGGCGGAGCUGGGCCACAAGUCUCUCCUGCGCCAGCCCCUCCACGAGAAGGAGCUGCUGCUGCUUCGCGGCCGGGGGGAGGCCCAGGCCCUGGUCAACGGGCUGAAGCCGGAGACCCCCGAGCGCAGCGAGGCCAAGGUGGGCUACGUCCGCCACGAGCUGAAGCCAGAGCGCCUCCAGCCCAGGAUCGACCGGCUACAGGAGGCGCCGGAGGCCAAAGGGCCCGGGGAGGGCAAGGCUGGCACCGCCGUGGAGGAAGACGCCCGCCGACUGGAUGCGCGGCCGGAGGCGGCGGAGACCAAGGGGGGCGGGCGGGUGGAGGCGCACGUGGAGCGCCACCGGGAGCGCCAUGAGCGGCGGCUGGAGCGCCAGGAGUCGGUGGAGCAGCAGGAGGCGCCCCCGGCGCGCCAUGAACAGCCGGAGCGUCGUCGGGAGAGGCGGGAGCGGCGGCUGGAGCGGCAGGAGUCCAGCGAGCAGGAGGCGCCCCGACAGGCGGGCCGAGAGCGGCACGAGAGGCGGCUGGAGAGGCAGGAGUCCAGCGAGCAAGAGGCCCAGCGCAACGACCCCAAGGGAGGAGGCAAGGCGACGUUGGCAGACAUUGUGGAGCAGCUGCAGGAGAAGGAGUCCACGGGGCCGGCAACCACGCCAGCAGCGGCCACGCCUCGUGAGAGGGAGUCUCCGGCCCGCUUGCCCAACGGGCUGGACAUGCUGCCCGACCGGACGCCCCGCCCCGACCGCCCCCGCGCCCGAGACCGCCCCAAGCCGCGCCGGAGGCCCCGGCCCAAGGACCCCAACGCCCCGCCGGGGGAAGCGCGCCGGUCCCGCUCGGCCCCCGCCCAGACCAGCACCCCGCCCCCGCCGCCCCCCACCCACACCGUCCAGCAGGAGGGCUACCUCCUCCGCAAGCUGGAGCUGGAGGGCCCCAACAAGAAGGCUUCCAACAGGUCCUGGAUCAACCUCUUCUGCGUCCUCAAUAAGGGGGAGCUGGGCUUCUACAAGGACUCUAAGGGGCGGGAGUCAGGCAGCACCCACGCCAACGAGCCCCUCCUCAGCCUCCUCAACGCCACGAGCGAGGUGGCCAACGCCUACAAGAAGAAGAAAAACGUCCUGAGGAUCAAGACUAGCGAAGGUGGCGAGUUCCUCCUGCAGGCCAAGGACGAGGAGGAGCUGAAGACCUGGCUGGAGGCCCUCACCGCCUCCAUCGCGGAGCACGCGGAGAUCGCCCGCUGGAGCCAGGCCUUGCUGACCACCUCCUCCACCGACGAGGGCAACCCCAAACAUCGGGACGCUGACCGCAGGGCCAGUACCUCGGGCCGCAAGAAAUGAGGCUGCCCCUCUGGCCGCAGGGCCGUGCUGUGAGGAACCUCCAGAGAAGGAGGCGCCGCCGGGCACUCUGGGCCCACCGUCCCCGUGGCCCUCGGCCUACGCAAGGAGGAGAGCUUCCUGGGGCAGACUCUGGGGGUCUUUGGGGAGGGCCACGGCCGGGCGCCAAGGCACUCCAGGGGCCCCAAGGUGUGGGGGGUGCCUGCUCCCUCUGUAUCUGCUGAACCAGCCAAGACUGUAGAGACAGUGAAUUGCUGGGGGGUGAGGCUCCACCAGCACAGAGGGGGGGAGCUGGUGCCCCAGAGGCUCCCCAGAGCCUGCCCCCCUUGCUGCUGCCAAGAGGCACCCAAGGGACCCAGGAGGCUGCUGUGCUUUCCCAUGGCUGGUGCCCAGGAACAAACAGCGCCCCCCCCGUCAACCACGGAGUCACAUCUUCUGCUUUUGUCCAAUCUGUGUCCAGGGACCCCCCCUUUUCAUAUUCUCCCCCCCCCACGCUCCAAAAUGUCUGCAGAGUCCUCCAAAGGGGACCCGUGUCAGGCAGAAGCAGAGGCAGGCGAGGGCCACGCGCCACGGUAGUGUGGGGGGUGUUGUGCAGGGCUGCCCCCCUUUGCUGCCACCAGCGGGAAGAGGCAACUCGCCCCCCCCCAUCCCUCCCCAGGAGCUCAAAGUGCCUCCUUGACAACGGCCCUCAAGGGAGGUGUGUCAGAGGUGGGAACUGGCUGUUUCUGCUUUCUCUGCAAGAAGUUCUCCUUCCAGUUUCUUGUCUUCCGAUCAGCAACAAAACUUGCUCCAGUGGGGGCAGUUUUUUGUGAGAGUUGGGGGGGGCGGUUGCGGGGGCAUCGCUCCAGACCCCCCCUGCCUGCGUCCGCCUCGCCGCCUGCUUCGUCAGCAAUCAGACUCCUAGGAACUGCAUUCGACGCAUUACUCAAGUCCAGAGAUGACCCCACGCCGCUCCCCUGCCCCCACCCGGAAAAACGUCUCGUCUGGGGUGCUGUGUGUGUGUGUGUCGGCCCCUGGCCAGUUUCCCAUCUGUGUCUGGCUCUGCUCCCAUCUCCCUCGCGAAGCCAUCUGCCCCCAGUUGCCUUUGCGCCUCUCUCUGCGUGCCGUUCCGAUGCCCUCCGGACAGUAACCUCCUCUGCGUCCCUCGAGAGGCGGAGAGUGAAGGGGCCGAGGGGGGAGGCUGCCUGCUCCCCCCUUUUCCAAAGCCACCUGGGGCUCUGCCUCUCCCACUGCCUCAUCUUUGGGGCUCGGGGGAUCCAAGACAGAACGGGCUCCAGCUUCCAAGGAGGGGCCCGCAAAGGAGGCGCAAACGGCGCCCGGACUUUGGAGCACAAACUCACGUCAGCAGCACAAGGGGGGGGAGCCCGCGGGCACCGCUUUGGCACUGCUCUUAACAAGCCAUAUCCCUUGCCAUCACGACUUCUGCUAUCGGGGAGGGGCACCUCGGGGAGGGGGCUCACCCAUCACGGCACGGAGGUGUGCUUUUAUGCAAUAAACAGCAGAGUCAGGAGCUGCACCUGGAGACGGCCCCAGGAGGUGCGGGGGGGGGGGCUUGGAGAGCUGGUCCCCAGCCAGAGCGGAGGCCCCAACAGGCCUCCAACAGGCAGCCUCUGCCCCAGAACAGCACAUCAGCUUUGCCUGCGCCCUCGGAGAGUAGAGACCGUCUCGGAUCCUUUAUCUUGCGAUUCCUGCCUUGCCAGGGGUUGGACCAGGUGACCCCUGGGUUCCCUAUGAUGAGGUCAGCCAGAGAGGGAAGGGAGGUUUCUGUGGGUCUUUACACUACAGAGGCUGGACCGGUCCUGGCGAGGGUUUUUCAAGCUGGAUGUUUCACCCCUGACCCUUGUUUGUCCCCCUUGAUUUCAAGUCCGCCUGCCUGGCUUCCAGCUCUUCUUCCCAUUCAGUGCAGAGAGGAAACGGAAAGGCAACAUCUGUCCUGGAAGCCAGCUGUGCAGCUCUGGGGGGCAGGUUAGGGUCAUCCUCUCCUAUCCUUUUCCCCUGGGAGCUCAGGGAGAUGCUGAAGUCGUACCCCUGGUCCAGCUAGCUCCAUCCGUAUUUUGGAUACCGACCGUGGCUCCCUUGAGAUUUCAGACAGGCUCUCUGUAUCCAUAGCAGGUGCUUGACCACUGACCUAUGGCCUUCCUGCCCAGUGUGUCCCAUUCCCAGGACGGCCAGCGACCCCCUUAAGCUCUCCCUCCCAGUGUGAAACGCCUUCCUACAAGUCAAUAACCGCCUCCAUUUCCAGCCCGAGCUUUGAGACCAGGUGGGGAAUGGGGAUGCUCUUGCCAGCCAGGGGCCAAGAUUGGGGGCUGUGCUUUGUACAUUCUUCAGGGGGGUGGGGACCCUUGGGGUCCCUCCCAGCUCUAGCUGCAAUGAUUGGUGACCUUGGAGAUUUGAAAACCCAAACUUUAAAACGUGACCCUUGUCCAGAGGAAGACAGUCCCAAGCGCAGCUGGCACCAGUCCCCAAACCUCUCUCAGCCCCAGGACUUGGUGUCAAGAUGCUCCCUGCCCCACGUCCAGCCGCAUGCUUGAUCCGUCCAGGGCCGGUGUGCUCCCUAGCCAAGGCCUGGAGGAGCUCAGAUUAAUCGUCGUGCCUGUGAACGGACCGUUCUGGGGCAGCUUUUCCCAACGUUUCCAGCCUGAGACUGGGCCCGAUCCGGCCUCCCUGGCCCCGGGUGUGUCUCCACGGUGCCUCUCCUGGAGCUGGUGCACUUUUAUCUGUUGACGCUUCCGCAUCCCCCUCGGCCUCCCCUAACCGUUCAGAAGCCUGUAAGAUAUUGUAAUUGCUUUAAAUAAGUUUUUUUUCUUUGUCUUGUAUAGAAAAAGAACCGCCAAAAAACUGGAGCAUUUGGGGUUUUGCAUUCUCUCAUUUUGUUUGGCUGUAAAUCUUUCUGAAGAACUGUGUUUUUCAAACAGAGACCAAUUUGUAAAA